AUGGCCGCCAGAAUUUCCACAGAUAGUAAAGUUACGUCACAACAUGUGGAAGAAAGCACACGAGAGGAUGAUAUUAUCAAUAAAGGCGUUGUCAAAGACUGGGGAAGGCUCAAAGAGUAUGCUAAUUUAGCUACUGAGGAUGAGCACAAUACGACGUUCCUACAGGCUGUAAAGCGGUACCCCAAAGCUGCUUUUUGGUCCGCAGUUGUUAGCCUGUGCAUCAUCAUGGACGGAUACGAUACUGCGUUGAUUGGCACCCUCUUUGGCUUUCCAGCAUUUCAGAAGAAAUACGGACAUGAGAUCAACGACUCGGGGAAAUACACUCUGGACGCUCAGUGGCAGGUGGCCCUUGGAAUGUCCAAUCCCCUGGGUAAUAUCAUUGGUGUCACUCUUAAUGGAUACCUCACAGAUCGGUUUGGACACAAGAAAGUGCUUCACGGCGCCUUACUGGUCCUCACUGGAUUCAUUUUCAUUCAAGUUUUUGCCCCAAAUGUUCGAGUUCUCUUUGUCGGUGAGCUCUUGGCUGGGAUUCCGUGGGGCAUGUUUUCGACCAUGGCCCCUGCUUUUGCCUCGGAGGUGGCCCCUCUUGUCUUGCGCAGUUAUCUUGAAACCUGGGUGGUCGUUUGCUGGGGAAUCGGGCAGUUUUUCUCCUAUGCCGUUCUCUUUAGUCUCAAUCACUCUCAGAGCGACUGGGCAUAUCGCAUUCCCUUUGCCAUCCAGUGGGUCUGGCCGGUAAUCAUUUUCCCACUCGCUCUUUUCUGUCCCGAAUCUCCAUGGUGGCUCGUCCGGAAGGGUCGCUACGAUAACGCCGAGCAUUCCGUUAUGAGGCUGAGUUCGGCCCAAAGUCAAGAGAUGGCACAGGGGAAUGCAAAGCAAGCCGUGGCGCUCAUGAUCGAGACCAACCGACUAGAGCAGGACAUGACAAAAGGCUCAUCGUAUCUCGCCUGCUUUAAGGGGACCAAUUUGCGGCGAACUGAGAUUGCCUGUGCAACAUGGGGCAGCCAGAUUCUCACUGGGUUUGUAAUUCAGGGCUAUGCAACCUACUUUUUCCAGCAAGCUGGUUUGAGCUCGGAUGAUUCUUUCAAAAUGACCCUCGGAAUCGGGGCAAUCCAUCUCACUUGCAAUUUCAGCUCUUCUGCGCUGAGUGGCAAUUAUGGCCGAAGACCCCUUUUCUUGGGUGGCUGUGUCAUCCUCUCGCUUCUUAUGUUUCUUAUUGGCUUUCUCGCCAUUGGUCCUGACAAUUCUGCCUUCGGAUUUGCUACAUCCGCUAUCUACUUGGUCUGGUUUGGCGUCUGGUGCCUGUCAAUUGGGCCGUUGCCGUACAUUAUCAAUGGAGAAGUCUCUUCCACCAGAUUGCGCGCAAAGACGAUCACUCUUGCCCGCGGUGUUUAUCUCAUCUUGAAUAUUAUCAAUUCUGUCGUCGCUCCGUAUAUUCUCAAUCCGGAGUGGGCCAACUGGAGAGGCAAAGCCGGUCUUCUUACCGGUGGUCUUACUGUGCUUUCGUUGAUGUGGGCUUAUUUCCGGCUUCCUGAAACUGGGGGUAGGACGUAUGAGGAACUGGAUAUUUUGUUCGCACAAGGACAUCUUUCGGCAAAGGAGUUUUCCAAGGCCGUUAUACAUCGAGAUGGGGAGGCAAUCAGAGUAACAGGUCGCCAUGUGGGAUAG